GACCUAUUCACCCCCUCUUAGGGGAGAAAAGCUCUAAAACUCUCCAGCCGCCUCCGUACGGACAGUUGUUCACCACACUGCACCAAAACCUGGAAAUCUGCAACAUACUGAUGCUGUCCAGGACAAUGUUCCCCCAGAACUGCCGCUUCGCCGACAUUCAUUUGGACUGAAAUGUCAUCGAGAGGAAGCUGGUUACUCCAGUGCUUGCACACAUGGUGUUUUUUAACGUCAUGUACAGCAGACGUGUGCAACUGGAGAGGAAGUGGUCUGAUGGGUUCGUCACUUUUUGGAUCGGUGCAGCAGGUACGGCUUCGCUGCUCCGCAGGUUCAGUCACGUGGUUUUCCCCGCGUCACGCUCUGCGAGUCGUGCUGCAGCCGAACGUAUGGAGCGCGCGCCACGCGGUCGUUUGCGUUAAAGCGCUGCAGGGUUCCCGCGGUGCCGCGGUGUACGUGGAGCAGCCGGGCGGCCUGGACCUCCUGCUGCAGGACGGAGGGUCUCCGGAGCAGGUGCGCUGCUUCCGCCCGCACAACACGCAGAGUGCCGCCAUCUUUCUUCAGGCCAGCCCGCAGAGUCACGCGGGUCCGAGUGUCGUCGGGUUCCGGUAUGAGCUGCUGCGCGAAAAUAGCAGUGCUGCAGAGGUUCAGACAAGCUCAAUGCGAGCUGCCUGUCGGCCGUGCACUGACUUGGAGAUACUGAAUGCGAUUUGCACCAGUGACUUUGUGGUCCGUGGCUCUUUAAGGAACGUAUCCCAUGAGUCUGAGCGGCAGACCUCCGUGCUAGAGGUGCACAAAGGCAGGGUCUUUCGACAACGGAGCGGAGUGUUUGAGAGAGCGCCAGACCUCUUGGGUUCCUGGCAUGGGCACAUCCACACACUUCUGCAGUGCGGCGUUAAAGCAGGAGCUGGUCAGUUCCUUUUCACUGGAGCAGAACUUUUUGGGGAGGCUUGGCUUGGCUGUGCUCCUCGUUUUAAAGACUUCCAGACCCUCUAUCAUGCGGCCAUGAAGGCGCAUCAGAUGCCAUGUGAUUUCUCCAUAGACUGAGGAGAAGGUUCUUUAGAUUUUCUGUGAUAAAAAUUUAGUAACUGAUCAAUGGCUGUUUAAAGAGAAAUUGACACUUGAAGCAGACAAAAGACAUGAUGUGAUAUAUCACUGCUUUAAAAAAAAAAAAAUUCUUAAAGCGAGAGCUGUUUUUUUUUCUGAAGCAAGAGCUUUGUUACGGAGACGUUCUUUAUGUGACCCCAUUCACGGACCUUUUCAAAGAGCCAUUCAGAGUUUAAACAGAAAACUGUCAAUGCCAAUUGUGGUACAUCACUUAAAAAGACCUAGUGUGGGGGUUGAUGUCAGUGUGGAUACCUAUAUGUGUCUGAGAUGAUAUAACCGUGACAUUAUAUAUUUAUUUUAUAUAUCAAUGCAGUCAUUCCGGUUGUAUACAGGGUAUAAAUGUGUGAUACCAAACCUAUCUUAAAUGAGGACCAAAAUGAAAGAUUGUUGAUAAUAAGGGAGAUUUGAAAAAUCUUGAAUAUUCAGUUUUAUACAAAACACGUCUUUAUGUGCUUUG